AUGAAAAAGGCAAAUAAACUCGCAUCGAAUAUCACUCCAAACAUACCUGGGCCAGGCUCUCGAAUAUUUCGUGCUGAUGGUGUCUCAUUUCAAAAUGAGUACGUUAUCAACGACGAACAGCUUCCUGCACCCUAUGAGUUGACAAAUUCCUGCCGCUCAAAAAAAAAACCAUUGAACCAAAGACCCAGAAUAGUAUCCUUUUAUGUAGACUCACAAGAUUACCCACAAGAUGACCCACAAGAUUACCUACAAGAUUACCCACGAGAUGACUCACAAGAUGACCCACAGAAUGACUCACAAGAUGACCCACAAGAUUACUCACAAGAUGACUCACAAGAUGACCCACAAGAUGACCCACAAGAUGACCCACAAGAUGUAGACUCACAAGAUGUAGACUCACAAGAUGACCCACAAGAUGUAGACUCACAAGAUGUAGACUCACAAGAUGACCCACAAGAUUACCCACAAGAUGACUCACAAGAUGUAGACUCACAAGAUUACCCACAAGAUGACUCACAAGAUGUAGACUCACAAGAUAAAC